AUGGGUGUGCACUCAUGUUCAUCUGUAUUUGAAUAUCUCAAAAAUGUUGGUGUUCAUAUGCUUGACGAAUUGUACACUCAUCCUCCAACAUGUCUUGUCGUUUUUAGAGAAUUACCUGAACUGGCGAAACAUUUUGUCAUGCGACUUUUAUUUAUUGAACAACCGAUACCAAAAUCUAUUGUCUCUGGGUGGGUUGAAAAGGGUUCUAGUGCACUUCUAAAUGACUCAUGUAAAGCUUUGACCGAUUUAAGGAUAUGGCACUCUACAGACAGUAAUGUUUCUCGAGGCUCUUGGUCUUUAAAUAAAAGGUACCAAGAAUCUAUUCGGAUAUCACUAUUCGGAGGUGGAAAACCCUUACUUGGAGAUUUAGGCAUUGUGACAAACGAUAAGUACUCAAAAAGCGUUGACUUUUUAAAAUCUUAUGCAGCUGAACGGUGGGAUGCUAUACUUCACUUUAUGGUAGGUUCUGAAUCAGCGGAAGUUGGAAGUGUUGUGAAGGAUGUCCUUUUAUUGUCCAAUUUAAUGAAAUGUGAAGGUAAUGAUUGUCCAAUCGGUAUCACAAAGCACGGGUUCCAUUUCUUGCUUAUGAGUCGACAGUUUCAAGUGCUAGUAUUCAUUUUGCACUACUUCGACUACUUGAAGGAAAAUGGUAAAAAUUUAGUUGGAGCCCUACAGUUCGUCUUCCAACUUAGUUUUUUGUGUCCGACAAAGAGCUAUCCAGUAGAGGCACUGAGUACUGCCCAACAGGAAGUAUUACAACAUAUGCGCGAACUCGGUUUAGCUUAUCAACGAAAACGUACAGCGCCUCGUUUCUAUGUAACUCCUCUUGCUUUGGAUUUCGCUGGAGGUCAUACUACUUUCUUGGAAAGUAAGUCAGGUGGAUGGGGUCCACAAUCGGGGGUUAUUCCUACUGGUGUCUCAAAAUCAGAUCCCACCGACAGCAAUAAAAUGUUUUCGCAGAUUUCAGUAUCGAAUUCUUCCGAUGUUGGUUACAUUUUGCUCGAAACCAAUUUUCGACUAUAUGCCUAUACAGAUUCACCGCUUCGUACUGCCCUUCUUAGCUUAUUUAGCAAAAUACGUGCACGUUUUCCUAAUCUUGUUGUUGCUGAUAUAACUCGUGACUCAGUUCGGGAAGCAUUAAUUCGUGGAAUAACUGCAAAUCAGAUCCUAUCUUUCUUAACAGCCAAUGCACAUCCAGAUAUGUUACUACAGAAUCCUAUAUUACCGCCUACUUUAACCGAUCAAAUACGACUAUGGGAAUUAGAGCGAGAUAGGUUUCUAUUUCAAGAAGGCUGUCUGUAUGAACAAUUCUCUCGGAAUACAGAUUUUGAAAUGGUUCGGGAUUAUGCUAAAAGUAUUGGUGUUUUACUCUGGGAAAAUCCUGAACGAAGACUUAUGGUUGUGUCUAAAGCAGGUCAUGAAGAUGUGCGGAAAUUUUGGAAACACAAACGUCCGUCCUAA